GAGUGUUUCUUCCCGUCUCUCCCUGUGGGAGCGCGUCAGAGCAGCCCGCUUAUCUGCUGCUGUUUCCCCGUCUGAGCCGGGCCACAGCGAAGGAAACAAGCUCCUGUCCUCUUAAAAGCAGUAUUUUCGUUUUCUGGCUAUUCGAUCAAUGAUACACCGUUCAUAACGCAAUACUGUUUACGAAAAUAAAAACAAAAGAAGCUGAGAGAGCGGGACGCGUGCUGCAGGUGCUGUGCGCUCAGCUGUCCGCCAGUCGGGGAGACCCUGUCUGCGCGCGGGGAGGGGCGGAGGCGGGUCGGCGGAGGGGGCAGUCCGACACAGCGCGGUGCUCGGCUCUCGGUGUCGCAAACCACGGCAGCAGGUGGACGGAACGUGGAACAAGAGCUCUGGUCCUGGAGCAGCUGGAGACUCGAGAAGGUCGUCCAGAGAAUCUGGCUUUUCAAGCGCUGAGGGGCAGCAGCAUCUGUGCACUCAGCCCUCUGUCUCCCUCUCCCUCUCUCUCAGCCUGGACAGACCACAGCAUGUUUGCGGUUCGUCAGGAUCAGCCUUUGAGCCCUGCGUUUGGGGAUGUUGGAGGUCCGCAAGGAGGAGGGGGGCCUGUGUCCCCCUCAUCACAUCUCCUCAGCAACCAGCAGCCUGACAGGAAGUGCCACCCAGCAGCGGAGAAGGACAGGAACUUCAACUUCCUGUCCCAGGAAGGCACAGGCGGGGAAGAGCAGCGAGGAGAGACGUCUGUGGGGGCGACUCUGGGCCCUCUCACCCGCGACGAGAACAGGAACAGGCUGGGUCCACGGCUUCAGAACCAGUGCAACCAGCAGGCCCGUUCCAGUCUGAGCCCGCCUUCCUCCCGCCUGCCCUGCUGGAGCAGCCUGGCACCAGUGCUGGAGACCAGGGAGGAGGGCAGGAGGGUCCCGCCGGAUGGGGCAGAGGGCCAGGAUAAGCCUGAGACAGAGAGAGGGGCAGCAGGGGAGGAGGAGGAGGGAGAGGAGGACGAGGAGGAGGAGGGGGAGGAGAGUGGCUCAGAGUUUAGCUGUAGGUCCAGCAGCUCCUCCUCCCUCAGCACGGAGAGUGGGGGCGAGGGGGAGGGCAAGGGGCACGCUGGGGACCUGGGGUGUGUUUGGGAAAGGAUCUGUGGGGGGCACCCAAAGACAGACAGCCCGCCGUCUGGCCCAGGGGACCCUGCAGCAGCACUGCCGAGGGACAGGGGGGGGGAGAGUGGCAGCGAGGCGGAGACAGAGAAAGACAAGGGGACGGGGUCACUGGUGCAGGGGGAGGGCUCAGCUCCGGCAGUCUCAGCCUCCGAUUCAGACUCGGACCCCAGCCAGGUUCUUCCCGGUUUGCUCCAAGCUGUCUGGACCCUGCGGGAUCAGGAGAGGUUCAAGGCCAAGGAGAAGGAGCGGCACCAAGUGCAGCUGACCAUGUACCGGCGCCUGGCUCUGAUCCGCUGGGUGCGCAGCCUGCUGGGACGGGUCCAGGACCAGCAGAACCGCCUGCAGGCCAGCUACGACAUCAUCCUCACGCACAGGAAGGAGCUGCUGCGCUGCGGAGGGGCUGCUGCCGGCCAGCCAUGAGGCCGAGGGGCAAGACGACACCCCAGGGGACAGCUGGGCUGGGGUGCCGAGAGCAUCAUGGUCCUUGUUCUGAGGGAAACACAAGUAGUAUUGUACUCUUCCGCCUUAAAGCAGAGCUUCAGGUGUGUCUGUGUGAAUAUUUCACUAUUUUACAAGCUGCUGUACCUUCAGAGAGAAGGGCGAUAUAUGAACUGGGUAUUAAUACAGAGGGUGAUAUAUGAACUGGGUAUUAAUACAGAGAGAGGGGUGAUAUAUGAACUGGGUAUUAAUACAGAGAGGGGUGAUAUAUGAACUGGG